GAAGGCUUUGGAAAGAUUUGGUAAGCAUGCUGCCUCCCACUUUCACAACAAUGCAAUUAUGAAGUGUGACGACUUCAUGAACCAGAGGACAAGUGUGACUAACAAAGUUGUUAAGUACACUAAAGAGGAAGAAGCUCGAUACAAAAUUCGUUUGACCUCUUCUUUAGAAAUUGUAAGAUUUCUCAUUGAACAAGGAGAAGCUUUUCAUGGACAUGAUGAGUCUUCUACUUCUCUGAACAAAGGUACAUUUAGAGAGAUGGUUGACUGGUACAAGAACAAGAAAAAGAAGGUGAAAGAUGCAUAUGAAAAAGGUUCUAAACAUUGUCAAAUGUUGGCUCCUGAUAUACAAAAGGACCUUACCAAAGCUUGUGCAGAGGAGGUCACUGCAGUGAUUAUGGAUGAGAUUCGGGGUAGGCAUUUCUCAGUGCUAAUUGAUGAGUCUAGAGAUGUAUCAAUAAAGGAGCAAAUGGCUAUGAUUUUGAGGUUUGUGAAUGAUGAAGGAAAGAUCAUGGAGAGGUUUCUUGGACUUAAACAUAUUGAGAAAUGUACAUCAGCUGCAUUGAAAGAAGCUUUGGUCAAUAUGCUUUCCAGCCACAAGGUAUCCAUCUCUAUGCUUCGUGGGCAGGGUUAUGACGGUGCUUCUAAUAUGAGAGGUGAAUUUAAUGGUGUUCAGAGAUUGAUUUGAGAUAUAAAUCCAAAUGCUAUCUAUGUGCAUUGCUUUGCCCACCAGUUGCAGUUAGUGGUUGUUGCUGUUUCAACUUCUACCCCCGCCAUUGCAGAUUUCUUUAACUAUGUUCCUUUAAUAGUCAACACUGUGGGUGCAUCUUGUAUGAGAAAGGAUGCAUUGCUUGCAAAACAUCAUGAUGUGUUGCUACAAAAGUUGGAGAAUGGUGAGAUUACAACUGGAAGAGGUAUGAACCAAGAAAGUAGUCUAGCUAGACCUGGAGAUACUAGAUGGGGCUCACAUCUUAAAACAUUGCUUCGAAUUUUGGUAAUGUGGGAGG